AAUUAGAUGGGCUAAUAUAUGUCAACACUAGUUAAAGUGGUUAACACAUCAUAACUUGAAUUAUUUAUUUAUGGCGUUUAGUACUCGAGUAUAUAUCUAUUAGACUUUUCCAAGUCAAACAGUCAACCACUUGUGCCGCGUUUAAUCCUCAAACCCCUUUUAUAUUAAGAAUUGAUAUCGAAUUUAUUUAUAUGCAUAGCAAACGGGAAAAAGUGAGUACGACACAUAAAACAAAACAAAAAACACGAUGAUGGGCUUGAGAAGAACACCGUUGGUUUUAUACAUUCUCUUCGUCUUUCAUCUUCAUCACGAUUUCACUUCCGUUAGCUCACGGUCUUACUCACUUGAUACGAACAAAGAGAGUCUUCAUGUAAAUGAGUCAAAACCAGUUGUUGAUGUGUUUGAAGGAAAGGCUCGAGAGUUAGCUUUCGUUAUCAAAAGAAAAGGCAUUGGAGGAGCUGGUGGAGGCGGCGGUAGCACCACGAGUGGAGGAGAUGGGGGCAGCAGUGGUAGCAGCACGAGUGGAGGAGGUGGUGGCGGCCAUAGCAGCGUGGAAGGAGGAGGUGUAAGCGGUCAAAGCUGGUCAAACGGCGGAGGACGUUUUGGUUCGAGUUAUGCUGGUCGUAACGGUACUCGUGGAUUGCAUCGUUCAAGCGGCAGACAGAAUAUUCGAGGGGCAGUAUGUGCGGCCGGUUGGUUGGGUUUAUCAAUUUUAUUAAUAUUGGCUUAGAAAGAUUUAUGUAUUGGUUCACCAUUUUAAUUUGGGGUGCAUAUGUGUUGAAGUAUCCGGUCUGGUUUGGUCUGAGAUUGAUUGGGGCUAAUGGUCAGUUGUUGUGUUUCGGUUGUUUACUAUGCUGUAUGCACGGUUUGUACAUUGUAAAUUAUAUUCAGUUAGUAUAUUUGUGAAAUUUCGUAAAGCUGAAAUUAAACAUUCUGAACACUAAGGCUUUGACUAUAUCAUAUGUCACAUUUAUAGUAAAUAAUCAAGGAGAAAAAUUACAUACACAAAUUUACUAUAUUUCAAACCAUAGUAAAUAUAAUUAUCCUCUCUCCCAUUUUUAUUUUCCUUAAGUUUGCGAUUAUAUAUUAAUUAAAAUUUCCACCAUACAUGUCACAUGUUUAUAGAUUUCCAAUGUAUUUGUAAAAAAAGUUUUUAAGAUAAGGAUCAUUUUAAGUUUCUAUGUAAAGAGUAAAAAGAAAAAUAUACUAUUAAACAAAGGUAAGUGAUAUGGAGAGUGUUGUAAUGUGGGAUUUGUCCUAAUAUAUUUUGUCCUAAUAUAUAAUGUAAUUAAUCAAACUAUACACUAUGACAAUUUUUGUCCUAAUAUACUUCAAAAUAUAUAAACACUGUCGUGCCAAGGAGUCAAACUUUUCUCAUCUCAUUUUUCUUCUCUCCUAUCUAAAUUUUAUUUGCAGUCGUCAGACAAAAUAUUACACCCACAAAUUUAACUUUUAUUUAAAAAAAAAAUAGCGUCACUUAUAAACUUUAUACUAUGGUUUAGGAGCAGCUUCUUAAUGAGACACUGAAACUACGACGAAACGGCAACCACUUCUCACGCGUCCUCCUUUCUUUUUUUUUUGUAAUACUCCUAGUACAUAGAGUAAAGAAUGUAAGCCAAUUUAUAUAAAUAGAAAGCAAAAGGGAAAAUGCUAGAAGACACAGAAACCAAACAACACCAACAAAAAAUGGCUUUCAGAAGAACAUCUUUGGUUUUGUAUACUCUCUUCAUCUUUUAUCUUCAACACAAUUUGCUUUCCGUGAGCUCACGACCUCACUCAGCUGAUACGAACCACGAGACUCUUCCUUUUUAUCCCUCAGAGACGGAUGUUGUUGGGUUUGAAGGAAAGACUCGUGAGUUAGCUGUUGUUAUCAAAAAAUCAUUUGGUGGAGGACGUGGCGGCGGCAGUGGCAGCAGGGGAGGAGGAGUUGGAGGUCGAAGCCGAUCACGUGGCGUGGCAGGUGUGAUUUAUCCGGCCAGAUCGCAUUUUCAUCGUUCAAGCGGUAGCAUGAACCUUCGAGGGGCAGUGUGUGCGGUCGGCUGGUUGUGUUUAUCGGUGUUAGCCGGUUUAUUCUUGAUUUAGUCUGAACUUGAUAUAUGUACGUAGGUCUAGAUGGAACUAUGGCGUAUGUAAAGUGUCGAUCAUAUUCACUUAGAAGAAGUGUUUUCACCA